UCCCUCCCUGCAUUGAUGUUUUAUCGCGUUCAUCAGGGAUUAUUUUCUUUCUGAAAUCACCUCAGUGUUUGGUGCAGUCACCUCCCAUUGCCAGCAUCCUGCCCCUGGCUAAAACCGUGUUGUGCUGCGCUUUUACAAGAUCCCAGAUAAAGAACUCGAUCCAGUUACAGCCCAGCAAGGCAGAGUUUCCUUCACCAGCAGGGCAAGGAGAGAAGGCCUGGAAAUGCUGGAGUGAUUCAGUUCCCUCCAUUCCUGCAGAAAUCAUUUAAAAGUACACUUCAAGCUUAUAAUUACACUGAUUCUUCUGCCUAAUCCUCCAGAUCCUGGGCUGCAGCCAGAGGAAAUCUGGAAUUUCCUAUGGAAAAGAGGGUUGGGAGUGCACAGGGAGCAGAGGCCUGAGGGUUUCCCUGUGCAGCGAUGGGAGCGUUGCGGCGCGCGCUGUUCGCGGCCUUUCUCCCCUUCCUCAUCCUCUCAGGACGCUGGGCUGCAGCUGAGAACAUCAACUUCCACAACAUCAGGCCUCCACUAGACCCCACUCCAUUCCCAAACAGUUUCAAGUGCUUCACGUGUGACAACGCAGUGGACAACUACAACUGCAACCGAUGGGCUGAGGACAGGUGGUGUCCUGAAAGCACGCGGUACUGCCUGACCGCCCACCUGUUCACGGCGCACGGGGAGAGCACCUCGGUGACCAAGCGCUGCGCCACGGGCGAGGAGUGUCACCUGGUGGGCUGCCACCGCCGCGGGGACAGCGGCCACACGGAGUGCGUUUCGUGCUGUGAAGGCAUGAUCUGCAACGUGGAGAUCCCCACCAACGCCACCAACGCGGUGCUGGCCGUGCUGCAGGCGCGCAGGGCGGCCGCGGGCAGCCGUGCCCUGCCCGGCCUGGGCACACUGCUGGCACUGCUGGUGGCACCGCUGGUGGCAAUGGCCCUGUCCUGACACAGCUCCAGGGACACCCCCGGCGCCAGGAACCCGCAGGGUCCCCAAGGAGAAAGCGCUGAUUCCAUCCCAGCAGAUUUACGGGAAGGCGCGUCCCGAACUCCGUGGGUGUUUCAGUGGGAAUCCUUCCCCGACAGUGUUGGAAAUAAACCCCACAAAAACCCCCCCAGCGGGGAGGAUUCGAGUUUUAAAUCCCCCAUUUUCUGAGGAAAAUGCACGUUUUUUUGGUUUUUAGGACAGGACUGUGACAAUCA